AAUUUAUAGGACAGUGUGCCGUGUGGUGUAAUGCAUGAACUGUUUGGCUGAUGGAAAAUGAGCAGAUAGAACCGAAAAGCAAUGAAACGGAAGAGAAAGUUACUCAAGAUGUAAAAUGUCCACAAAAAGAUGACGAAAAAAGACCAUCAGUAGAUGAAGAAAUAGGAGAGGAUGAGAGGAACGAUGAAGUGGAAGAAAAUGAUUCAACUCCCACCAUCCAACCAAGACGAAGAUUUCGCUCAAAGCCUAAAAUAUAUUUCUACGUUGGUGGGGGGAACGGAGCCCAACUCGUGGAAGAUAAUCUUACUGCGCUGGGUUGGGAGAGAAUGCACGAUAAAACACGAGAGGAUUACAAACUAAAAUGGUGCGAAGUGAAGUCUCAUAACAACUACCACAGCUUUAGAGAAGGGGAACAGCUGUGCUAUCAGAUACCUAACAACAAACUUCUAACAACAAAGAUAGGACUACUUACCACACUACAGGAAUAUGACCGGGUUAUGAACAAAGUCAAAAAGGGGAAACCUCGAAUAAUGAGAUAUCAAGAUUUUAUCCCUGAGACAUAUCGUCUUGAUGUUAAAGAUGACAGAGAAGCCUUCUUUGAGACUUAUGUCGAUGGCGAACUCUGGAUCUCUAAACCAACCGGUAUGAACCAAGGGAAGGGAAUUUACCUAAUAAGAAGUCUCGCAGAUGUUGUAAAGAUACAAGAGCGUAUUUGUGAACUGGAAGACGAAGCUUUAAAUUCAAGAAAACUUCCGUUCCGGGCUCCCAUGGCAAGGAUUGUACAAAGAUACGUAACAAACCCAUUAUUACUGGACGGUCGUAAGUUUGACGUUCGUAACUAUCUUCUUAUCGCUUGCACCAACCCAUUGGUUGUGUUUUACUGCGAUGGAUAUUGUCGGUUGACUUGUAUGCCGUAUGAUCUUGAUAGCACGGACCUUACCGGCCAUCUUACAAACCAAUUUAUGCAAAAGAAGAACCCGCUUUAUGAAGAGGUUAAGGAGGACACCGUGUGGACAAUGGAUAAGUUUAACGAAUAUAUCAACGAGAAUUUUAUGAAACAGAAAAAUCUGCCAGAAGAUUGGGUGCAUACUGCAUUAAAGCGUCGCUGCCAACAAAUAAUGUUGCAAUGCUUUCAAGCUGUCCGACAUAAACUCGAGUGCCGACUUGGUUUCUUUGAUUUGAUUGGCUGCGAUUUUCUCGUAGAUGACCAGUUCAAGAUAACUUUACUUGAGAUGAAUUGUAAUCCUGCCCUGCACACAAACUGUGAAACUCUGCGUGAAAUUAUUCCUGAUAUUGUUGAAGAAACACUCAAACUAGCCCUUGAAAUAUUCGACAAAGCAAAUAAGCGGGAGAGAAUUCUUCCUCUGACAUCACAAAAGAACUUCACUCUUCUAUACAAUGGUGAUGUCAUUGAAGCGGCUGAACGAAGGGAGAGAUUGCAGUCGGCAGCUGAAGCAAGAAAACGUGCACGUAGUGCUCAGCGGAGAAAGAAAUAUGUUCCAGGGCAAUACAUUUAUCGGCGAAGUAACAACAACAACAAUGAAUCGAACAACAAUAAUAACAACAACAAUAACAGCAACAGCACUGUCACUACAACAACAGUAACAACAACAACAAUUACACGCAACCACAUUUCUCCUGUUUAUUCUUCAUCACCAGUCAAUUCAUCAUUAACAGUGACCACUGUGACAUCACAAUCCCCAUACAGAUGCUUACCAUCAUCAACAGUGGUUGCGGCAACUUCAGCUUCUCAACAAAGAAUGGUUUUAUCGAAAAGCACGCCAAAUGUUUCUGGAAAACCUUUUUAUGCUGGAGUUUCCACUACAGGCACAGUAUCCAGUCGUCCUUACUCAGCUCCAAAAUUCAAUCGGAAAUACGCCCAAGUAGAAUCUCGUAUCUUAACCCACGCAGCUUUCUCUUCCAUGGAAAGUCCACGAAGGAAUAAUAUCAACAACGCUGCUCUAACUGCAGCUUCCAACUCUAAAGUAAUCAACUAUGCUCACAAAGCAAGGAACGGAAUGUUGACACCAAAUCGAAACGAAUUAUCAUCAGAUGAAUAUGCACCUCCCAACUUAGAUGAAGAUAUGGAUGACAACUUACAAGAUGACAUGGGUAUCCUCGACCGCGAUAACAUCUUCGAACAAAUCCUUGAAGAAGACAUCGAAGAGGAGGACUUUGAAGAUGACGAUGAAGAUGAAUUGCUCGCCAUCUCAGGAUGUGGAUCCCCGGAUUCUUUCCGUCGUCCAUCAGCAAAACUUCCCACAUCAUACCACACUAGCUCAUUUAUUCCCAACGGGAUUUCAGGUACAACAGGCCCAAUGCUCAGCAAGAACCUGAGCUCCAAACCAGUUGUUUCCAUCCAUAAGAAAGUCACUCGUAUUGCUUCGCUCUCUGUCAAAGCUUCAGAAAUUCCACUGCCGUCGGUAGGCGCUCAUGUGCCUUCUCCACGCUCUAUUAUUGGCCCAAACCAAAAGUCUUCAUCUUUCCGAACCCCAACCAACGUUCGUCUUCGUCAAAGUUUACAAGCAACGACCUGCACCUUGGAGAUUGGUCCCAAGUCUCGCAGAGGAUUAGUUGCCGUAUCUGCAGUUGGAGCAAAACUGAUCCAACCAGGACAUAAUGAGAAAACGACGGGAAACAGAAAAUCGAAACAAACUAAACUCAAGUUGAUGAACAGCAUUGACGAAACCAUAGACGAAUCGGUGCCUUCCACUUUGCUAUAUCUUGCUGCAGCGCACAUGAAAAAUAAUGCAAACCCCACUGAAGCUGACAAUCGACGCCUGCUGCCCGGAGUUAAUUUACCUGUGGGUGGUGCUGGUAUGAAUGGUAUACCGCAACGUCAUAUACAACAGGGAGUCCGCAUGAGUCAGAAAGAACAAGCAAAGAACAAAAUCGUGUCCGACUCUUCAACUCAAACCAAUAGGAGAUUGAAUCAUUUUGCUGAAGAAAAGGUCAUUUGGAGGUUAAGGUCACGUGUCAAUGACGUCAGGAAAAAUGGCGCCCUUAGCCCCACGUCACAAGUGGGCGUUAGACCGAACAAAAUCGCCCUCAAAGUACCGGUAGUGACGCAAUCGCCGGGUUUCGGUGCCCCGAGGCGACCGCUAGAGACGACUUCACCCCGCCUGCCUCCGAGGAAACAACCCACAAAUACGUCGAAGCCGACCUCGCGUCGCAACUCGAACGAAAGAUGCGACAAUCCCCCGCAAGAGAAUGAAACUACGCAUCUCCAAGCCGCGGACGCUCUUUCUAAAGUAGUAGCCACUGCAACAGCGGCACAAACUCACUUACGGGCGCAAUUAACCGUGUCGGGUCCAAAAUCAAACGCCCAGCAUUCUGAUGAACCAGAGCUUCUAACAGCAGGGUAAUCCCCGCACCAGAUACAGUGCGCAGCGCAGGGAAGUAAAGCAUCAGGGAUUUUGUUUUUAGCACAAUUUUUUCUCGAGACAGAGCACAAGCAAAAUACAACGCAUCAGGCAAUGACCGGACGCUUUAACCGUCUGGUUUCUCUUCAGAGGAAUUGGGAUAGAUUAGGUAAACACCAGUGCGUGUAUCGCGAGCAAAUACACGAACGACGUUACAGCUUUCACUAAUGUCUCUGUGCCAAUAGAAAAUAUCCAACAUGUGUAACCAGCUUUUCUCGCCAAAAUGAGAUAUAUUUGUUUUAGUUAUUUUUAAAAUAAAUUCUAUAUUUU